CGUCACUUAUUGUCGGGCAGCCUCUGCUUGCCCGUAUGCAUACAAGAGGUGCUGGAGGUCCAGGAAUUGUGUGGUCCGCACAGUAGUCCGCAUGACAGCCUUAGAGGAGUCUUACCAUCUUCAGCCGGUGGUGUCCGUUUCCUGUUGGUCGACUGCAGACCGGCCAACCAAUAUAAUGCUGGCCAUUUGGCCACUGCUUUCUACUUGGAUUCAGAGUUGAUGCUCUCCAAUCAACCUGAGUUCAGGACCACGGCAGAGGCCCUGCUUCAGUCUCAACGACGUGCUAUUGCUGCUGGUUCACGUGCUGCUGGAGAGCAUAUUGCUUUCCUCAGCUCUGGACGCCCCGAGGAAGACCGCGUGGCUAAUAUGUUGGUUGCCUUUUUCCUGCAGCAACACACGCGUUACGUCAGCCUGGUUGAAGGUGGCUACUUAGCUCUACACGAAGCCCUGGGACCACUUGGCGCUGCAUCUAGCCUUGUUAGCCACGAACCUGCUGAGUGUCUAGCUUGCAUUGGCACCGGAUCAGCAAGCACGUCCACUAUUUCUUUUACAAGCCCUAGUAACUCAAAUGCCCCUAAGAUACCGUUUACUCUUGAUGAAUAUAGCCGCAGUCAGAUGGCCAGAACUGUGGAUAGAUCAGCCUCAAAAUCGAAGCAUAUCAAUAUCUUUACUCCACCGGAUUCAGCCACACUCGCUGUCAACGUGGUCGACAGCUUACUUAGCCGUGUCUCUAAUGCUCUCUUCAAACCGCGCUUGGUUGGGCCUGCUAGCACUGCUCCCUCUUCUGUUAUCGAUUCUAAAGUAGGCCUGGUAAUGGCUUCUGCAAUUAAUCCGUCUUUGCAAACUAGCGGGCAAAAACCGCCAUCCAUUGCUCAUAUAAUUAACCCGACUAGACCCUCUUCUUUCAAAAAGAAUAGAAGUGGAGUGGUUUCUCCUGUUUCUGUAUUGGAGCCUGCAACUACAUCUGCAUCAGCCAAUAUUUCUUACCGGAAUACCUCAGCUGUUUUUAGUAUUGAUGACGACUUGGAGGACGAUGACGACGCCGAUGAUAAUGAUGGGCGAGUAGGAAGACAGGAGACUGAUGAGAACAAUGAUUAUGCCGAUAAGCGGGUUGGAAUCUUGGAAAAUUCGGCUCAACCAGGCCAACUACCAUCGAGGCCAGAGACGCAUAAGGGAUCUGUCCAACAGCGACCAGAUGGAACAUCAUGUACUGAACUAAAUUCUCGAGCAAGACGACGUUGCUCAGGCCAGGUGAAAGCGGCACUACCUAUGGUCCAGGACUAUCCAGUACGGCCAAAUGGAUUGCACACCUGCCAAGUUUUACGUUUUUAUCCUCAGUAA